AUGUCAUCGGGAUAUAAUGUUGAAGAAUUUUCGAUGCCUUAUUUAUCAUCAAUUACUUGUCUUUUAUACAUGUUCUUAUCCAACCUUAUUGGCCAAAAUGUUACAGAUCACUAUAAUCACGUAUUUGAUACAACGUACAAAGUUCAUUGGUAUUUAGCUCCAUUACAUAUACAAAAGCUAAUACUGUUUCUAAUGCAAAGAGGCAACAAAUCUUUUGGUCUGAAUGUGGGUGGACUUUUCGUAGCAUCUUUAGAGUGUUUUGCUACGUUGGCAAAUACAUCUAUCUCUUAUUUUAUCGUCAUGUAUUCAAUGCGAUAAUGAAAAAGUAAAACGUAUUAAUUGACCAUAGUGAUAAACUUAUAAUUAGUGAAGAAAAUGCAAUAUAAUACAUUAUAUGUAAGAAACAUUGCGUCUUGUAUAG